GCUGUUUGUAAUGGUCGGGAAUUAAAUUUAAAAAAUGACAUUUUUAUCGUUAUUGAAGCUUGUGGUACAAGUAUAAACACGGGUGAUCCAGUGCCAUUUAAUUCUACUAUUGGAUUUAAGCAUCAAGCGAAAGAGGAGGGGAUUUUACAUUCUCAUUCUAUAAACAUACCGGAUUCGAAGCAUCAGCAAGUGACCAUCUGGAGUGGUAGAGAUGGUAACGAUGACUGGGUCAUUCGACGUUAUGGUUCUAAAGAUGACGCGGGUUAUUUUUCGAAUGGUGAAAUAAUCAGCCUAACCCAU